GAGCAGCCUGUCCCGAGCAUGACGUCAUUGGCAAAUGUCAUUGCUUCCCACCAGUCAGAGUGGGUCUCCUUCAACGAUGAGCUGCUCGUGCCGGUUACUUCGCAGGGUGACACAGAAGAGCCUCUGGAAAAGUGUUUUUCCUCCUCCGACACCUCCUCAGAAGACAACCAUAAUGUGGAUGGAGAGUUUCAGGACCUCUCACACACUGAGCUGAAUAAUGACGUGGACAAGCCUGGGGUGGACUCUGCAUCAGUAUCUCUGCUUGGGAACCAUGUGUGUCCCAAACCUGAUCUAUCUUCAUCUAUCAGUAACUGGGUUCAAUUUGAAGAUGUGCCAUGGACCAGCACUUUACCAGCUCACAUACAAACAGCUGAUACAACCCUUCCAUCAAGAGCACCCUGCUGGACUUCUCCCUCCUCAGAUUAUUCUGAGAGACAACCCCUUGCCUCAGAGAGCAGCUGGACGACCAACUCAGAGGACACCAGCAGCCAAAGCAUUGCCCCUUCCUACACAGAUUUGCAGUCGAUAAAUACUGAGGAUCUGACCAGUGGUGGGGCUUCUGCAGCAGACUCAGCUGACAAUUCCUCGUCUUUCCAAGAAGAUGAAGAGGUAGAUAUGGAGGCUGUCAACUGGCAGCUGAACAGCACCCCCAUGAAUGGGCACUCUCCAACCCCAACCACAGCUCGUUUCCCCAGCUGGGUGACUUUCGAUGACAAUGAAGUCAGCUCUGCUUCCCUCCAGAACCUUUCUCCCUUGAAAACAAGCACCCCACCAAUAGCAACGCAGACUGCAGAUGUGAACUGUAAUCUUGCUGCAUCCUUUAAGAAGAGGGAGCGCCCCAAGAGCACAUUGGUGGACCUCACUAAAGUUCAAAAGCUAGAUCUUUCCUCCUUAAGUAGGCUGCCUUCUGUUGGAACACCCCCCUGGAGUGCUACUAAUCCCUUCCUGGAUGAGUCUCUGAGGGAUGUCCAACCCUCACCCAUCAACCCGUUCAGCUCAUUCUUAGAGGAACGAGAUAGGCGUUCCCACAGCUCCUCUCUCUCCAGCGCUCCAGGCCAAAGCCAAAGAGACUCCCUUAUUAUCCUCUACCAAGAACCUGAUACCAUCAGCUUUGAUGAGUCAAGCAAAAACUUAACCCACACAGAUGCUGUCGAGCAGCUCAAGCAGCUCCGGAUUGGGGAUCCAGAUCACCUGAGCAGCCCAACUCUACCUGAUGAUGACCCCCUGAUGCCAUUUGAGGUGGAUGGCACAUUGUUGAACUUGGCCACAUCUCAGCCCAAGGAUGGCUGGCCAAUGAUGCUCAGGAUACCAGAGAAAAAAAACAUCAUGUCAUCUAGGCAUUGGGGGCCAAUCUACGUCAAGCUGACUGCGAGCGGGUAUCUACAGCUUUUUUAUGAGAAGGGACUGGAGAAGCCCUUCAAGGAAUUCAAACUUGAGAUCAGUCAUGAGAUUUCAGAGCCCAAGCUCCAAAACUAUGAUGAGAAUGGAAGGAUACACAGCGUGCGUAUAGACCGCACCAUCUACAAGGAGAAAAGGAAGUAUCAGCCUAAACCAGCAAUCAGCCACGCAGCAGAAAGGGAACAAGUGAUAAAGCUAGGCACUACUGAUUAUGAAGACUUCCUUAGUUUUAUCAGCGCAGUUCAGGAUAUACUAAUGGACUUGCCAGCCUCAUCAGCAGAUCUGAGCACAGUAGGAUUAAACUAUCAAGAGGAAGAAAUCACUGUUGAUGUCAAGGAUGAGUUUCAUGGCAUCUUGGCCAAAGGAGACAAUAGGAUUCUCCAGCAUAGUGUGCUGACACAUAUACAUGUUCUCAGCUUCCUUUCUGGCCUCGCAGAAUGCAGGCUGGGCCUUAAUGACAUCCUUAUAAAAGGGAAUGAAAUCGUUGCACGGCAGGAUAUUAUGCCCACCACUACCACUAAGUGGAUUAAGUUGUAUAACUGCCAGUUUCAUUCAUGUGUGGACGAGGAAAUGUUUAACAGCUCCCACGUUAUCCACUUUAAUCCCUUGGAUGCCUGCCGAUUCGAGCUGAUGCGGUUCAGGACUGUGUUUGCUGAGAAGACUUUGCCUUUCACUCUGAGAACAGCAGCCACUGUCAAAGGUGCUGAAGUGGAGGUCCAGAGCUGGCUGAUGAUGUCCACUGGGUUCUCCUCCAACCGUGACCCUCUAACUCAGGUCCCCUGUGAAAACGUGAUGGUCCGCUACCCAGUGCCAAAUGAAUGGGUGAAAAACUUCCGCAGAGAAAGUGUCCUGGGAGAAAAGUCUUUGAAAGCCAAGGUGAACAAGGGUGCCAGUUUUGGAUCAACCAGCGUGUCUGGUUCUGAGCCAGUAAUGAGAGUAACUUUGGGAACUGCCAAAUAUGAGCAUGCCUUUAAUUCCAUUGUAUGGAGGAUAAACCGACUGCCUGACAAAAACUCAGCUUCCGGCCAUCCCCACUGCUUUUUUUGCCACCUGGAGCUUGGCUCUGACCGGGAAGUGCCUUCCAGUUUCGUCCGCUAUGUGGAUGUGGAGUUUGACAUGCCCACCACUUCGGCGUCCAAAGCCACUGUUCGGUCCAUUUCUGUAGAGGACAAGAGUGAUGUCAGGAAAUGGGUCAACUAUUCAGCACACUAUAGUUACAAGGUGGAAAUAGAACAGAAAAAGAACUUGAAUCUUGAUCUGAAGGGAGCAGAAAUUGAAAAUCCCAAGGAAUGUGCCAUGCAGUGAAGGAAGACUUGUCUGCAAGACCCAUGGGAGGAGCAGUAAUGUCAACGGACCCAGCUGAAGAGAACUGCAACACAUAGCU